UUCGCCAUGUAGUUCCAACGAUGAUAUUUUUGACGAACAAAUACCUGACAGGUCUUACAGUGAUAGUGUUAGUUUACUGUUUGAUAGAUAGUGAGAGUGGCACCCCCAAUAAUAAGAAAAUAUCGAAGAAUGACAGAAGAAGAUCUUUUAUUGCUGCUCUGUUUACCAAAAAUAACUCUCAAUUAAACGUAACGUCAAAUAAACGAGGAAUUUGUAGAUGGCUCAGAGGGUUUAGACACCAAAAGUUUCUUUGUUUAAAAAGAAAAGGCCUGGCGCAACUUUUAAAAGAUUAUAAAACAAUGACCAUUCAAGCUUGUUUAUUUCACUUUAGGUACGAACAAUGGCAAUGUCUACGAGAUCGAAAAUUUUUCAGAAAAAUUUACCGAGAGACUGCUCUUAUGUAUUCAUUAUCGACAUCAGCCUUCAUGUACUUAAUAGCAAAAGCUUGUGCGUCUGGAAAGUUAGAGAACUGUAAAUGUGCUAGUCAUGGAAAGUCUGACAACUCUUCCAAUUGGCAAUGGGGAGGAUGUGGAGAUAACACCAAAUUUGCAAAAAAUUUUACCUAUAGAUUUUUUCAACUCAGAAGAAAAGGUGAUACCAAUCAAAGUAUUUACAGACAUAAUAGUGAAAUCGGAAUGAGGGUUGUGAUGAAAAAUGAAGAAAAAGUAUGCAAAUGUCACGGAUUAUCAGGAUCAUGUACUUAUAAAACAUGUUUCAAAAAAAUCCGUCCAUUUGAACAGAUAGUUAAGGAAUUAAAAAAUCACUACCACAACGCCAUCAAGGUGGAUUCCGGUAACAACUACAAACUCCGCACUAAAGGGGCCAAGAAAAAUUUAGUCUAUUUAGAAAAUAGUCCAAACUUUUGUCCACUCACCGUUGGGCGGCGCUGUGAAGAUGCAGUUAACUGCGAUACUAUGUGCUGUGGUCGUGGAUUCGAUAUGUCGUCCAGAAAAGUGAAAGAAACUUGUAAUUGUAGAUGGCGCAACGAAACCAUUUACGAAAUAAUGUGCCAGAAAUGUGAAAGAGAAGAAAUAAUUUAUAUAUGCCGAUGA